AUGGCACUACUAUCAAAUCAUCACUGCAGCUAUCAGAGCGCGCAAUCCGAUAUGUUAACACCCACGUACGCGAAUUCAGCGAGAGCCUAUGACCACCACUUGUACCCGUCGCCGUACAAUUCCCCGAAUUACGACUCCACCAGAAUAACGUAUCGAGACAAUUGCACGCACGAGAGCGAACUUACGCCGCGAAGAGAGAUCAAGACGUUGGAUUACGCCAAGGACACAGUAUCGGAAUACACAAAGACUCCGGAGGGAUACGAGCGAGGAUCCUACGGCGUCCUGACGCCUGUCACUCCGCAAAGAUACGAGCCGCCGCAUUCGAUAGAUCAUACAACAUCGCCGCGAUCGACGUUGUAUGAAGAGAGCUCAAUGGAUUAUCAACCACCAUCAUACUGUUACGAAACCCCUCCUCAGGAACCGAGAUACCACUCCCUCGAGAGCACCAAGCCGAUUCUCGCGAUCGUCGAACCUCGCGUCAAUUGUUGGGAGCCCAUCAUCUCGUCUCAAAAAAUGCCAACAACACCACCAGUGAGUCCGCGAAAGGGCAGACGGAGAUCGCGCGACGUCCCGCCAUCGCCGACGGUGCUAAAACGCCGGCGACUAGCCGCAAACGCACGUGAGCGACGUCGAAUGAACGGUUUGAACGACGCCUUCGACAAAUUGCGCGAAGUCGUGCCGAGCCUCGGUACCGACCAUAAGCUCAGCAAGUUCGAGACCCUACAAAUGGCACAGAGUUACAUCGCCGCUCUAUGUGAUCUACUGCAAAGACAUGACAGCAAAAGAUAG